AAGGCAAGAACGUUUUCUUCUGAAAACUAAUAUACCGGAUUAUGAUGUGUUAAUAAAUGAAUUUUUCACAAUCACAAAUCAAAUAUUUUAUACAUUAGCUGCGGAACUUUUCACGUUAUUUCGUCCCUGUUAAAUUCUGCAUACAUGAUACAACACCACUAACAGCAAGAGCUGGAGUGCUGGACUAGAAGAAAUCCUCAUUCAUCUUGAGGGUAUAGGGUUACAAAAGAUGCCAUUCAUUUCUCAAAUCCAAAGACAAUCUGAUUACCAUCGCUUCCCUCCCUCCGUCCCAAUCGUCAUCGAUAAUGGCGCCUCCUAUUUCCGAAUUGGAUGGGCUGGAGAGAGUGAGCCUCGCAUUAUUUUCAGAAACAUUGUUCAAAGACCUCGUCACAAAACCACUGGGGAAACGGUAACAAUAGUUGGUGACCAUGAUCCGGCACUGUUGAAAUACUUUGACUGUACCCGGUCGGGACCUCGUUCAGCAUUCGAUGCUGAUGUUGUGUUUCAAUUUGAAAUCAUGGAAUAUAUUCUUGACUUCGCUUUUGAUAGAUUGGGUGCAGAUGGAUCUGAGAUUGAUCACCCUGUGCUUAUUACCGAAUGUCCAUGCAACCCAGUCCAAUCCCGAAGUAAAAUGGCCGAGCUUCUUUUCGAAACAUAUGGGGUUCCUUCAGUGGCAUUUGGUGUGGCCGCUGCAUUUAGCUACAAAUAUAAUCAAAAGCGCGGGAUAUGUGACAGAAAUGGUCUUGCAAUCUGCUCAGGAUUUACUACAAGUCAUGUCAUCCCGUUUGUUAAUGGAGAGCCUGUUUAUGAGGCAUGCUGUCGGACAAAUGUUGGUGGCUACCAUGUUACUGAUUACUUGAAGCAGCUUCUUUCACUUAAAUACCCUCACCAUAUGUCGAGGCUUUCAUGGGAAAAAGUUGAAGACUUGAAAAUGGAACACUGUUAUAUUGCACAGGAUUAUGCUUCAGAAGUUGGAUUGUUCCAGAAAGGGACAAAAGAAGCUGAACAGAAAGCCAGGUGUUGGCAACUCCCUUGGACACCGGCUCCAGUUGAACUGCCACCAUCAGAAGAAGAAAUUUCUAGAAAAGCUGCUUUAAGGGAAAAGCAAGGGCAAAGGUUGCGUGAAAUGGCAGAGGCAAAGAGAUCUUCUAAGAUAAAUGAAUUAGAAAAUGAAUUGAAUGGCUUGGAAUUUCUUAUACAGCAACUUCAGCAUGUUGGAGAGAAAGACAUUCCAUCAUUCCUUUCUACGACCGGCUAUGUCUCUAAACAGGAAAUAGAAUCGGCAAUUGUAAAAACAACACAAUCUUUACGAAAGGCCAAAGGUGAGCAAAUUGAGAAUGAGGAGAAGGCAGAUACUUCCAAUGCUGAAAAGUAUAAUCUUCUCAAUGUUGACGACAGCUUACUAACUCAUGAGCAGUUAAAGGAAAAGAAGAGGCAAUUAUUUCUCAAAACAACAUCAGAAGGUCGGAAUCGAGCUAGACAGAAGCGCAUCGAUGAAGAAUUACAGCGAGAAAAGCAAAAUAAGCUAGAAGAAGCAAAACGCUUGGAAAACCCAGAGGCUUACUUGGAGCAGCUGCGUGCAAAGUAUACAGACCUCUGUGAAAAAAUUGAACAGAAGAAACGACUGAAGACAAAUGGAGGUAAUACAAAUGGAAAUGGUGUCUCUGGAGGUGUUGGACGUGGGGAGAGAUUAAGUGCUGCACAGAAGGAAAGGAUGCGCCUCUUGACAACGGCAGCAUUUGAUCGAGGGAAAGGUGAGGACACUUUUGGUAUCAGAGAUGAGGAUUGGCAACUUUAUAAAUUGAUGAGCAAAGAUAAUGAUGACGAAGAUGAAAAACAGGAUGAGGAUGAGGCAGAGUUGUCUCGGAUCUCUUCUAGGCUCCGGGAUAUAGAUCCAACAUUUACUCCCAAAACAGAUGUGGGAUCCUCUGUUUCCGAGGCUUCCCGUCCCCGUCCACUUACCAAGGAAGAUUUUCAGAUUAUACUUGGGGUGGAAAGGUUUCGGUGCCCAGAAAUUCUAUUCAAUCCCAACAUUAUUGGUAUCGAUCAAGCAGGACUAGAUGAGAUGGCUGGGGUUUCAAUAAGGAGGCUGCCAUCAAAGGUCAGAGGCGCAGAGGAAGGGAUGACCAACUCAAUUCUUAUCAUUGGUGGAAGCUGCUUAUACCCUGGUAUGAGUGAGCGGCUCGAAAGUGGAAUCCGCAUGAUUCGUCCAUGUGGGACAUCUAUACGGAUUAACAAAGCAUCUGAUCCGAUUCUUGAUGCAUGGCGUGGAGCUGCUGCUUAUGCUGCUGCGGUGCAAUUUCCUCAGCAAACAAUCAAGAAAAUGGAUUACUAUGAGAAGGGUGAAGAAUGGCUUCGCAAGUAUCAGUUUAGGUACACUCACUGAUUGGUUCUGUUAAUACAAAGAAGGCUUCUUCUUCAAGACCAUUUAGGGUCUAGGUUCAAGUAUGUAAAAUCAUCAAAUCCCAUUGUCUAUUCCAUGUCCAGUAGAGAAUUUUGGAAUAGAGAAAAGACCGGGUGCCAUUGUUGUGACCAACUCCCCCAACACCAAAAGAAAAACAAUUAGGGGUUAGCAGCAGUAAUGAAUGAAUGAUAACUCUUACUUUCGCAUUCUUCUAGUUCUAUAUUAUGACUUGAUUACUCCUUUUUCUUGC